UUCAGACCUUACAGUUACUGCUGGGAAGAGAGAAUGAUACACAGAGGAACAUAUACUUGCCAUUUAAUUUGUUUUUAAUUAGUUUUUACCGGGGACGAGUUGCACCAAAAUGAUUUUCACCUGUGUUUUUUCUCUAGUGGUUUUCACAAUCCAGGGAGAGAUUAUACCAGAGUAUGCAUCAGUCAUUGAAGAGAGGACAACACUGUUCAUGCACGAUAAGAGAAACGGCGUCCCUCUUUGGCAGAAUGCGACAACCUCAGAGCUCCAUGAUGUUCGAAUGGAGGCGGCAUCUGGUGGCAUGAUCAGGAGAAAGAGGGAUUGGAUGAUUCCACCCAUUAGUAUUCCAGAAAACAAUAAAGGCCCGUUCCCAAAGGAACUGGUGAAGAUGAAGUCCACGGCUGCCAAGUCAAUGAAAAUGAUUUAUAAAAUUACGGGCGCUGGAGCCGAUCUGCCUCCCAGGGGGCUUUUCAUAGUGAACAAAUAUUCAGGCAUGUUGUCUGUGACCAAAGAACUGGACAGAGAGGAAACUCAACAAUACGUUCUGACAACUCAUGCCUCGGCAGAAGGUCAAGACUACAUCGAAACCCCCAUUAAUAUCAUUAUAAAAGUUAUUGACCAAAAUGACAACAGACCGGUCUGCACCCAGAAUCCUUUUACAGGAAACGUCCUAGAAAGGGCAAAACAAAACGUACCAGUCACACAAGUGACAGCAGAUGAUCUUGAUGAUCCAGAAACUGAAAACAGCAUUAUACGUUAUAAACUGGUGAGACAGGAACCCAUCGGUGGGGUGUUCCACAUUGACCCUGUCAGUGGUGUCAUCAGUCUGGCCUCUUUUGGCACUUUGGACAGAGAGACGAAUCCUGUACAUACACUGGCUGUGAAAGCAGCAGACAUGGAUGGUCAGGGUCUGUCCUCCACCUGCACAGUCGUCAUCCACGUCACCGACAGCAAUGACCACGCUCCUAGUUUCAGCCAAAAAACGUAUGCAAGUACAGUGCAAGAAAAUAAGGCAGGGGAAAUCGUUGCGAGGUUGCCCGUCACAGAUAGAGACGAACCUUUAAGUGUUAACGCAGUGACGAAGUUCACCAUCAUCAAGGGCAACGAGGAAGGAUUCUUUAACAUCAGCACCGGUCCCAACAAGAUGGAGGGAAUCAUCACAACCACAAAAGGUCUGGAUUUUGAGAAGGUCAGAAGCUUCUCUCUGGUGCUAAUGGUAGAGAACGAGGUUCCAUUUGCUGUUCCUCUGUCCACCUCCACGGCCACCGUAACCAUCUCAGUGCUGGACGUUAAUGAGUCACCCAUUUUUGAGCAUGCAGGGAAACAGGUCUCCGUAUUUGAGGACCUCCCAGUGGGCAGCAACAUCACCAAAUACACCGCCAAGGACCCAGAUACGGAAAGAGAGCAGAGAAUAAGAUAUAUGUUGCAGAAAGACGUUGCUAAAUGGCUGGACAUCACAGAGGACACUGGACACGUUACAGUCAGGAGCUCAUUGGACAGGGAGUCCUCGUUCGUUAAAGAUGGACAGUACAUGGUCUUAAUAGUGGCUUAUGACAAUGAUAAUGAGCCCACCACAGGUACAGCCACAUUAGUGAUUGAGUUGAUGGAUGUUAAUGACAACGCUCCGGUACUGGAGCAGCGCAGACUCCAGAUGUGUUCUACAGAACCGAAGCCCGUCCGUCUGACCAUCACAGAUGCAGAUGGGCCAGAAUAUGGCGCACCCUUCUCUGUCGACCUGCAUAAAGAAUAUCACAUUAACUGGACCGUCACCAGCAACUCCAGCAGCAGUGCAGUGUGGUUUCUGAGUCCUCGCAGAUAUCUGGCUGCUGGCGAGUAUCAGCUGUUGUUGCGUGUGUACGACUCCCAGAUGUUAUUUCAGGACAGCUCUCUCGUGGUGGAGGUGUGUGACUGUAAAGGUGACGAUGUUACCUGCGUCAGUGGCAUCCAAGCUGCUUCCAUCUCCACCCUCUUCAGCUUUGUGUUAGCUGCCAUCUUUUGCCUUCUUGUGCUGCUGCUGUUGCUUCUCCUUCUGAGGAGGAAAUGUGCCGGAAAGCGGGAGCACUUUAUCCACCAAGAACAAGACAGGGGCAAUAUUUUAUGUUACAAUGAGGAAGGAGGAGAAGAAGACCAGGACUAUGAUAUGAGCCUGUUGCAAAGGAGACCAGAGGUGUUCUGUACAGACAUUGCCCCGAUGGCCUUACCUCCCGUCUUCUAUCGGCUACAUCGAGAGGAGAACGAAGAUAUUGUAAACUUCAUUGAUGAUAAUCUAUGCACUGCAGAUGAUGAGCACUUUGUGGCGCCGUAUGACUCAGUGCUGGUGUUUGGUUAUGAGGGAGAGGGCUCUGAUGCUGGUUCUCUCAGCUCUCUGCAGUCGUCCAGCAGUGAUGGGGAUCAGGAUUAUAAACAGCUGCAGCACUGGGGGCCUCCGUUCAAAAGGCUGGCUGACAUGUAUGCAGGAGAAGAGGACUGAUACAUGCUCUGAUCACAACAUUACUAAAAUGAUCAGUAUGUGAACCCUACCGGGUAUAACAUUCCUCUCUGGCUGUAGUUUUGGAUGUAUUAUGUUGGCUUGACAAAGUCUACCGACAUUAAAGUUUUUUCUUAAAUCCCUAAACAAAGACCAAAAUUGUAAGUUGUUAGUUCGCAUUGAGGUUUCAAGCUACAUCCUCCAAACUUGGCGCAGACUUUUAGACUGUUCUGACCUAGUUUAUGUCUUUUCUAACUGAUUGGAUUUGCAGUUUUUCUGUAGGGGGCGAUCAAAAAUGGGGCAGAGUUACAUUGAUGAAAGCUCAUGCUGUCAAAAAUUCAAAUGUAAACAAACCCACACAAGGCAUUUAAUCUCUGUUCAAGUUGCUCUCUCUUGCUUUUUUAUCUAACCAUCUACACUCCAUGGACAAAUGUAUUGGGACACCUACAGAUUACAACUAGAGGAGCUUUUAUGACAUCCCAUUCUAAAUCCAUAGGCAUUAAUAUUGAGUUGGCCCCCCCUUUGCAGCUAUGACAGCUUCCACUCUUCUGGGAAGGUAUUCUACAAGAUAUUGGAGUGUGUCUGUAGGAAUUAUUGCCCAUUCUUCCAGAAGAGCAUUUGUGAGGUCAGACACUGAUGUUGGACGAAAGGGCCUGGCUCAAAAUCUCCGUUCAAGUUCAUCCCAAUGAUGUUCGAUAGGGUUGAGGUCAGGGCUCUGUAUGGGCCAGUCAAGUUCUUCCACCCCAAACUCAUCCAACCAUGCCUUUAUGGACCUUGCUUUGUGCACUGGGGCACAGUCAUGCUGGAACAGAAAAGAGCCUUCCGCAAACUGUUUCCACAAAGUUGGAAGCAUAGAAUUUUCCAAAAUGCCUUGGUAAGCGGAGGCAUUCACAUUUCCCAUCAGUGGAACUAAGGGGCCUAGGCCAACCCCAGUAAAACAACCCCAUAGCAUUAUCCCUCCUCCAUCAAACUUUACAGUUGGCACAAUGCAGUCAGGCAGGAAAUGUUCUCCUGGCAUUCGCCAAACCCAAACUCGUCCAUCAGACUGCCAGAUAGAGAAGCGUGAUUCGUCACCCCACAGAACACGUUUUCACUGCUCCAGAGUCCAGUGACGGCGUGCUUUACACCACACCAACAAGCUUGGCAUUGUGCUUGGUGAUGUAAGGCUUGCAUACAGCUGCUCGACCAUGGCAACCCAUGCCAUGAAGCUCCCGGCGUACAGUUUUUGUGCUGAUGUUAAUGCCAGAGGAGGUCUGGAACUCUGCAGUUAUUGAGUCAGUAGAGCGUUGGCGACAUUUACGCACAAUGUGACUCGGCACUCGGUGACCCCGCUCUGUAACUCUACGUGGACUGCCAUGGAUAGGAGCUUGAUUUUAAACACCUGUGGCAAUAGGACUGAUUGAAACACCUAAAUUCAAUGAUUAAGAGGUGUGGCCCAAUAGUUUUAUCCUUAUAGUGUAACUAUCUAUCUAUCUAUCUAUCUAUCUAUCUAUCUAUCUAUCUAUCUAUCUAUCUGUCUGUCUGUCUGUCUGUCUAUCUGUCUGUCUGUCUUGUCAUGGGAUUAUUCAGCCCCAGUUUGUUUUGUGUGUAUUCUUUUGUGUUGUUGCGGGUGUGGCAUUAAUUACGCAUGCUGCCUGAUUAAUGCGACACUUGCACGCUAUCUCCUUUCCCAUAUAUAAGUAACCCUUUGUGUAAAUUGUGUUUGUCAGAUCGUUCUCGUUUGUUGUAUUUUUUUUUUGUCUCUGGACAUGCAUGAAUAGGGUUUCUUUGCCUAUAGCACAAAGCUGAAUUUUAAAAUAUAUAUUUUUUCAUAGCAAUUUUAUUAGCCUUAAAUCAAUGAAACCAUUUUUAAACAUAAAAGUAAUCCAAAUGACUCCAGUGGUUUAAUCCAUGUCUUCAGAAGCAAUGUAGUAGGUAUGAGUGAGAAACCGAUCAAUAUUAAAUCCUUUUUUUUACCCUAAAUCUCCAUUUUAACUUUCACUUUCAGAUGUGAAAGUGAAACUAAACAGGCUGCACAUGUGACUUUUAGAUGUAAAAGUGAAAGGGGAGAUUUACAGGAAAAAAAGAAGUUCAAUUUUGAUCUUUUUCUCACCCAGACCUUUAUAAUGAUGUAUCUGGGCUAAUCCCCGGAUGUCCACUGACCCUAGAGCCGCCACUGCCUUCAGCUGUCACAGAAAUGCUAACAGAUGUAUGUAUUAAUGUCAUUUAUGUAUCAAGUAUUCUAUAUAAAUAAUGUUAUUUUAGAAAUAUGUUUAACCGUACUUAAAAGUAACUGAUUGAAAGUAAUUUACUGAAAUAUAAUAUUACACUACUUUUUACUAAAAAUGUAAUAGGAUUACAGUAAUAAUUACUUAGUGAUUGGAUUACAUCCAACACACUGCGUAUGAAUGAACUGACAGAAUGUACACAAUGUUAAUUAAACUCUCAAUAAA